AUGGGUGAAUUCAAGAAAGGUAACGUUAAGAAGGGUGCUAACUUGUUCAAGACUAGAUGUUUGCAAUGCCACACCGUUGAAAAGGGUGGUCCACACAAGGUUGGUCCAAACCUCCACGGUAUCUUCACCAGAAUUUCCGGUCAAGCCCCAGGUUACUCUUACACUGAUGCCAACAUCAAGAAGGCUGUUCAAUGGACUCCACAAACCAUGAGCGACUACUUGGUUAACCCAAAGAAGUACAUUCCAGGUACCAAGAUGGCCUUCGGUGGUCUUAAGAAGGACAAGGACAGAAAUGACUUGGUCACUUACUUGAUGGAAGCUACCAACUAA